AUGUCGGUCUCAAAUAUACCAAGAACUCUGGAGAUCCGGUUGACAGAGCAGGAAACUAAGAUCUGCGAAGUCCUGGAUGCCGUUUCAAAACGAUAUGAGGAGAAGGAGGGCAAGAAGGUCCAACUUCGUAUUGCCGGAGGCUGGGUCCGCGAUAAGUUACUCGGCCUGACAUGCCACGAUCUGGACAUCGGAAUCGACACGAUGAUGGGAUACGACUUUGCACUCCUGGUCAACGACUUCAUGGAAUCGAUCGGUCAAGAGAAACGUACUAUCGCCAAGAUCGCCACCAACCCAGAAAAGUCAAAGCACUUGGAGACCGCCACCAUGGUCGUUUUGGGAAUGCCUCUCGACUUUGUUAACCUCCGGUCUGAGGUCUACGACGACGCCAGCCGAAUCCCCAGUGAAAUUACAUUUGGGACGCCAUCAGAAGAUGCCUACCGCCGCGACUUUACCAUCAACGCAUUAUUGUACAACAUUCACACCCGGACUGUCGAGGACUUUACCGAGCGGGGAUUGGACGAUUUGAAGCACGGCCUUGUCAGGACUCCACUGGAACCUUUCGAGACUUUCUGGCAGGAUCCUCUGAGAGUCAUGCGCUGUAUCCGUUUUGCCGCCAGGUUCAAUUUCAAGAUCGUGGACGAAGCAAAGAGAGCUAUUCUGGACCCUCGGAUCAAGCAGGCUCUUAAAACCAAGAUCUCCAAGGAGCGAAUUGGCGCAGAACUGGACAAGAUGAUCGAUGACGGCGCUGGCCGCAGCACUGCUAUCCAGUUACUUCAUGACCUCAGCCUGUACGACGUCGUCUUUGCGCCUCCAGAGGUCGAUGGUACUGCCAAGGGAACCACAGCUGUACACGGAGGCGCCAAUGAUGUGGAGGACGCAUUCAAGCUGGUAUGGAUCAUGGAAUGGCUUUUGAAGAUCAGUCUGAGCACUGUCGACAAUGCCGACCUCGAGGGAAGGAUCUUUCAAGCAGAAGUUGACCUAGGUCAGGAAUUGCUCUUGUCCCAGACACGCGGAUCUCUCCUCACGACGCACCUCUACCCUGUCGUCACUUCAACGCCCUCGCCCCAUGUAGCACAGAUCAUCUCAAAGGAAGAGCCUUUCCCUGAGAAGCUUGGUACCCGGAACCUGAUCUUGGCCGGCAUGAUGUACCCUUACCGCGAUAUGACGGCCGUUGUCAACAAGAAGCACAUGUCUGCGGGUUCAUGGAUCCUUCGGUACGGUCUCAAGGGCAAGAACCUGGAUAUUGAAAUCGUAACAAAGUUGAUGGAGAGUAUUAAGCCUGUGCAGCGUGUGAUAAGGGCUGUGACUCAGAACCCUGCGACGGACGAAGAGAGUGUCCAGAAGGAGAGAGCAGAGAUGGGCACCGUGAUCAGGGAUAUUGGGUUUGUUCAGGUGAUUGGCAAGAAGUGGCCCUGUGCCUUCCUCUUGGCUCUCGGAAUUGACCUCAUCCCUAGGUUCGACACAUUAAGAACCGGCGUACUUGAUGAGGAGACAAAGGCCAUGGUUGCUACCUAUAACGGGUUCAUGUCUAAGGCGGCCGCAUACCAAAUCGACCACUGUUUUGCCUGGAAGUACCUUGGCAAAGAGCUAACCAAGAUGUUAAACAUCAAACCAGGACCCAAGGUGACAGACUAUCUCCGUGUCGUCAUGAACUGGCAGUUGAGGCAUCCUCGGUCGUCAAAGGAGGAGUGCCAAGCUUGGAUUAUGGACCAUCCAGAUCUUUUCGUAUGA